AUGGCUCGGACUUACGAUUAUCUCUUCAAAUUGCUGCUAAUCGGUGAUAGCGGCGUUGGAAAGACGUGUGUGCUCUUUCGAUUCUCCGAUGAUUCUUUCAACAAUUCAUUCAUCUCUACAAUUGGGAUCGAUUUCAAAAUUCGUACUAUUGAUCUGGAUGGAAAAAAAAUAAAGCUGCAAAUAUGGGAUACAGCAGGUCAGGAACGUUUUCGAACCAUUACAACGGCUUACUAUCGGGGAGCAAUGGGUAUCAUGUUGGUCUAUGAUAUCACCAACGAGAAAUCAUUUGAAAACAUCAAAAAUUGGAUUCGAAACAUUGAGGAACACGCCAGUCAGGACGUUGAAAGAAUGAUUAUUGGCAACAAAUGCGACAUGGAGGAUAGAAGAGUCGUUUCACGGGAUCGGGGACAACAAUUGUCGAUCGAAUAUGGAACAAAAUUCAUGGAGACUUCCGCCAAAUUGAAUCACAACAUCGAAGAGGCUUUCUAUACAUUGGCUCGGGAUAUCAAGGGAAAGAUGGAACGUGGACAGGGUCAAACAGUGGGUGUUGGAGGAACGACAGGCCGGUAUCAACAAGAUUCGACAAUCGCUGCUCAAGGAAACAAUUUAUGUAAGAAUCGGCACACCUUCCAUUGUGAUUUCAUCGCAUUU